GUAGUCUUUAGCUUUUGAGCCAUUGACCUCCAAGGCAAGAUCUCUAUUACACUUUUUUCUCUUUUGCAAGAGAUACCCUCUUCAAAACUCUUCAAAUAUUCUAUUACGCCUGGUAUACGGUUCCAUAUAUACCUCUCAACCACGGUCACCCAGUCUUGAUCUCAUUACACUUGGAUGUUUCAGUCUUAAUACUUGAGUAAGAUUCCACAUUUCAGAAUGCCCACUCCCGUCACACUCCCCGAUGGCCUCCCAACCAUAAUCAUCACUGCCAUCUCCAAUCUUGAAACUGUCAAACGAACCCGCCAUAGUAUCAGCGGCGCAAACGAACCACUAGACUCUAUCUCCGUCCAAGCCGACAGCCUCAUCCGCUCGCUUUUGCUAAUCAAGGAUAUCUCCUCCCUCAAAACCUUACGAGUAGGCGAGCAGAUCUACCAGAUCAUGGAUCUUGCCUCCCGUCUCGGCGCCUCGAUGCUAGUAAUUGCCGCAGACAGCAGCCGCCGGACCACAACUCCUCCUGAAGGGCAAGGGAUCACGCAGGAUGACUACGUCUAUGGACACUUGCAAACUAUGAGGGGUCAACUGCAGGAGGCAAAAGAUACGCUGUUUGAGCUGGUUAGGUCGGUGCUGGUAGGAGUUUCUGGGAAUCCUAAGGAUGGGUUUUGGGUUAUUGAGGAGGAUUUAAGGGGGGUGAAUGAAAAGGUUGAGGGGGCUAUGGGCGUUCACUUGAGGUUGUUUGCACGGUUACAGGAAAGGAUAGGGAAGGGUGGAGAAGAUGCUGUCAUCGAACUGGACGACGCGGAUCUUGAACAUCUCGGGUUGCCCCGAGUAUCGGGAGAUUUGGUCGAACAGUGGCGCGCCACUGUGGGGGUUGAGACCGGCAUCACUCGGGAGAGUUAGCAGUAAUCAGCAUUGCACCCAAUGCAUGAUGGAAUGCCUGCU